CUGCUUCUGAGGUACCUCCACCAUCCUGGCGGCGGCGUCUGGCGCUCUCUCACACACUCUCUACGCAGCAGUGGUAGGUUUUUUUCUUCUUUUUUUCCCUCCUCCAAGGUUCCAUUCUGUGUUACAACGCUCGGUUGGGGGUUAGCUGGUGGGUUCACUGGGUUGGGUGUCGCUGCACGGCCUGCUCACCUCAGCCAGAUGGGCGGCUUCGGGAGGAAAGGCGACAGGGAACGGACAGGGAGGCAGGGGAUGGCAGGCCGAGCUAGCGGUGCACGCUGCAAUGUGCAUGGUGCCAUGGUGGUAAUGGGUGGUGGAGGUGGAGGGAGAGGAGCACAGGAGCACAGGAUGAAGGCUGCAACGGAGGAGGGGAACAGACGAUGGGGGUGA